AUCAACAGUUACAGAAUUAUUCAAAUAGAAGACCACAUACGUACGCAUACACACACAUAAUCGCUUUCACCAGCUGUUAACGUUUGUAACUUAAAUCGCUGCUUACUUGAUCUGCCAAAGAGAAGAGAUUUCAAACCAUUUCCGAAGACAGUCGUACAAGGUGCUGAAAGGAAAUGUUGGCACUGCUCGUGCUGUUAGGAUUCACGUCCGUGAGUCUCGCGGCCCCAGCGGGAUCCAGCGAUGUUCCCGCCAAAGUUGAUCUCCUUAUGCCGGAUGUGCAGCCUAAACUUCCGGACACGUAUCUCUGUCACAAAAUUAAACUGGAUUCAACGGAUACAUAUAUAACGGGCUUUGUUCCGAACGCGGACAUGAACAUUGCACACCACAUGUUGCUGUAUGGCUGUCUGGAACCCGGAUCAGACAAGAACGUCUGGAACUGUGGCGAGAUGGCUGCACCAAAUCCUCUGUUUGAAAGUGCCCCGACAUGCAAAUCGGGGCCCAAAAUAAUAUACGCAUGGGCCAUGGACGCACCCAGCCUGGUUCUACCCAAAGACGUGGCGUUCAAGGUGGGAGGUCACACUGACAUAAAAUACAUCGUCCUACAGGUGCACUACAAGAACGUCACCAAGUUCCUCAAUGGCGGAAAGGACAGGUCUGGUAUCACGUUACAGACGACGAAAAAGUCGCUGCCAAGAGGUGCUGGCGUUUACCUGCUGGGUACCAUGGGUUCGAUUCCAGCUCACUCCACAGUGUACAUGGAGACCGCCUGCCCGUUCCCAGGGAAGAACCUUGUCAUCCACCCGUUCGCAUACAGAACGCACGCCCACACUCUCGGCCGUGUGGUGUCCGGCUACCGAAUUCGUGAUGGCAAGUGGGCAGAAGUCGGACGCAUGGAUCCACGAAAACCAGAGAUGUUCUACAAUGCCACCACGCCCCACAUGACCGUGAAGAAAGGAGACAUUCUGGCUGCCCGCUGUACUAUGGAAAACGGCUUGGACCAUGACGUUGCAAUUGGAGCCACCCAGAAGGACGAGAUGUGUAACUUCUACAUCAUGUACUGGGUGGAGGGCGACCACAUCCUCGACAAGAGCUACUGCUUCUCGCCCGGCCCCCCUACCUGGUACUGGGCCGACUUCAAGGGCGGCGACAUCAACCUGGCCGCUCGACCCAAGGACAUCAGCACGAUCCCGGGCACCGACAAACCGCUGGUCGCCACGGAGACUGAGAAGUUCGGGGAGAUGGCAGCAGAAGACAACGCGGAACAGGAGGAGGAUGUGGCGCUCGAGAGUCUACUGGACCAGCUGGGGGCAGACGAACUCGGCAGCAUCCUCGGGGACAUGGAGGACAGACGGCCGCAACGCAGAGAGGAAGAUGACGAGUACUACUACGGCUACGACAACAACUGAGAGGCACGUGGUCGCAAGGAUGGAACUCGGUGUUUAUUAUAGUGGGGAUUAAACAAAAACAGACAUUAUGGACAAACGUUAUGGCCUGAAAUCACUUCAUCUAAACAAUUUAAACUAUAUUUAUUCAAUAAAUGAAGGGGAUUGGCUAAUCCACAAAUGCCUCGCCACAACAUGAAAACCAACAAUAUACCACGAAGGCAGGACUUGUAUUCAAAGCAGCUUGGGACUCUGGGUUGACCUUCUGGUUAAUAGCCAGUGGGCUCAAUCCAACAAUAUACCACGAAGGCAGGACUUGUAUUCAAAGCAGCUUGGGAUUCUGAGUUGACCUUCUGGUUAAUAGCCAUCGGGCUCAGUCCAACGGUUUGGACAGAUAGAAUAUGAGUAACCUGUCGUAUACGGACAGUUACAGUGGUGGAUCUAGAUGAUGUCCUGGGGAUCGUUCUAGACUUGAUUCCACAUCUUGGAGACGAUCUUGGACCCAUCACCACGGACACCAUGACUGUUCAACUGCCCCAUUGUGUGAUCCAACCCUGUUUAAAAGUGCUGAAUAUUACUAUUUUAAAAACUGCUAUAUUAUUAACAUGUUAGCGCUAUAUUCCCAUUAUAAUAUUUACAGUUACAUCCUUGUCGUACCGAAUUUUGAUCUAUGGGGCAUCUGCAAUGAUAACUACAUAAUAUGUGAAAAAACCUAUAAAAAAACCUAUAAAAUCUCCCCGCCCCCCCCAAAUUUUUUUUUAAUUAAAAUAAAUAAAUAAACGUUUUACUGGUAUUUUAAAGUCAGUGUUAAAUUUUAAAAGGAGCUAAUUAUAAAUUGAUAAGGGCUAAUGUAUAAUAAUAAAACAAUCCACUAAAAAGUUCCCUGUUCAGGGUUUCUGCAGCAAAUAGCUACAAAUACAAAGUAUCAAACAAUAGACAGUGUUUCCUGGAGGAAAAUUAUAUUAUUUAUCUACUGAAGCAAAUAUUAAAUAAAAGAAAGAGUAAAUAUCAAAUUAUAAAAAUCCCAAAGCGUUUAAUUUCAAGUUACUGUUGUACAGAUUGCUGCAAAUAUUAGAAAUUAAAAGUUUGAUAUGUUUUUCCUAUUUGAAAAUCGUAAGUAAAUAUCAAAUUGAAAAAAGCCAUAUGAUUCCACUUCAGCAUUUCUGUAACACACAUCAAGUAUCGAAUACUUACAUAUUACUAAUUGUAUUAGAAUAAAUAUAAAACAAAACACAAACUAUUUUCAAGGCGCUAAUGACACACACAUCAAUAUAUAUCCAUUAUCAAACACAUAAAUAUUUUUUUCAGGAUACAAACAUACAUUUUACGAAUCUAAAGGAGGAAAUAUGUUCCUCCUGUCUUGGGCGAAGGAACUGUAACACGUCAGAACUGACGCCCAAGACAGGCGUGCACUACAAUAGCGUUCUCUGAACGCGCACGUUAAAUUAUUUCCUUGUCCUUGUUCUUGGAAAAAAUUUAAAAUUAAAUUUUCUUAAAAUCCCACUUUUCAGAGUUUCUAUUUCAAAGUUUGUGAAAAGUUAAGUAUCAAACAGUUGAAUGUUUAUUUCCUUGAAAACACCCACACUGUUUCGACUGGGCAUGUCUUAUGUAAGUAUUAGUAUUAAUUCAAUAAAUGGGGGAACAACUAUUAUAAUUAUAUUCAACUUCCGUCCUUGGUUUCGGAAAUAGUUACCACAUGGCUAUCACUGUCAUUUAUAAUUAUUAUAUAAUCAAUCGCAUGUUUAUCAGUACAUGAGAAAGUAAAUCUGUUCUAAUAAUUUUUCAAAAUAUUUAUAGAUUUACAUUUCCAUAUAUUUAUUUAUAUAUAGGCUUUUUAAAACUGGUUAAAAGCGGACUGGAAUUACCGCUGGAAACACUACUGUGGUUUAACAAGUCUUAACGCUAAACUGGUCAAAACUGUCAAACCCAUAGUGUUUAGCGGUUAUGGUCAGUGAAUCUUGUUUUUAUUCCUUAUAAUGGUUCUUGAGAAUUAAGAGGAAAGUGUUUUGGGCAUCAGUUGAGGAGUCCACGGGAGAAACGACCAAGGUCACAUUGUACAGUUUUGAGAAAUAUUGGUUUUAAAGGUCGACUCUGUCCGAAUGUGUUCAUAUUCAUCCCGCAGUUAACAGGAAUCUGCAUACUUUACUGCUGUAGGAUGUUGAUGAUAGAAUGUUUUAGUCGAUUUAUUUUAAAACGAUAUGGGUUUUUUUUUAAUUUGGUCUUGUGGACAUUGAUAAUUAUUUCCGUAAGAAAUAUGUUUUUCACCAAUGAAGACUGGCUGAAUGAAUUUAAUUCUAGUAGAACAACAUAUCAAUUAAACCUGUUUCACAGUUACACAAUCAAACCGUGUUAUCGAUAGAUUAGGAGAGUAAAACAAAUCUACAUUUCACCAAAAUGUGACUUUAAUAGUUUUUCCUGUGGACUUUUCCUUUGUAUAUUAAAUUUAAAGCUGCCGUCACUAAUUAUUUUUUAUUAUUUAAGUAUUUUCAAUAGAUGAUUAGUAAAGAUACUAUAAGAUAGUUCCCAGUGACGGCACCUUUAACUAAUGAUAUGUAAAACUGAGGAGUGUUCAAUAAUCGAAUGGUAAUUAACCACGAUGGCUGUGAGCGUAGUUUAGUGUGACAUAUGUAUUGUUUAAUCAUUUGUUGUGAUGUUGUACUUUUGCCUAAGUGAAAUAUUAACAAAUAUUACUGGUACGUUACUACAUUCCGUGAAACAAUAAUACACAUGUAUUAUACUAAAGCUUAUAUCACACUGUACGAUGAGACUCGACAGGAUGGUCGCGUCACGUCAUGAGUCAGACUAUACAUCGACCGUCAUCUACGACCGAACAUGUUGAGUUGCGUCGCGUCGUAUAAUGUGAUCUAAGCUUUAGAAGUACCAACAUACUGCUAUCACCUUCCUGUAUAUUAACGCAGUGGGUUUUCUUCUCCUCCUCCUUCUCUGUUUCCAUUACUUUCUUCCCUUUGGGGUCCAUUCGUUUUCUUCCCACUUUGCCAACCAGUCCAUGUCUAUCAAACCGUGUCAGCUAGCUGCCUGUCCUUUGUGGUCAUGCGUCUCUCAGAAUUGUUAUCUCCUAUGAGCUAUUGUCGUAGAUAUAGUCUGACCAAUUCUGACAAUGUCCGGUCGUCGCUUCUUACAUUGUCAAGUACUUCACAAUUACUAGCGGUUAACAGUGUCGUGGAACAGGCUGGCAUUUGUUUGAAGAAGACGAUCAGGUCUUGAAGAGAUUUAGAGAAAGAAAAUACCCAAGUUGUUCAAUAAACUUUGUUUAUAUUUAAUAAAUGGAACUGUUAAACAGC